AAUAAAUUCUACUCUAUGAGGCUAAAUACAUUUUUGCUAGAAAUUAGAUACAUUUUGUUUUUAACGCUUGGCAGCACUGAUAGUAAAUCAAAUAAGUUACAAAUAGUGGAUUGCGAGGAAUUAUGUGGUUUUCGAAAAAAAGAUAAUUCAAGUGGAUAUCGCUAUGGAAAUUUAUAUAAUAAACUUGAAAGUAUGUAUGUAAAAGAGGUUCAUUACAACAUAUUACAGCACACUUCUAUCGUUUUCCGUGUUCUUUCUACGAUAGACAAUUUAAAUAUGGCAAGCGCUUUAAACGAAAAUGUUGAUGAUGUAAUACAUGGAAGAAUUAUUCUUUCGCCAUUAGCUCGAGAUAUUAUCGAAACGAAAAUAUUUCAACGCUUAAAAAAAGUUAAACAACUUGGCUGUACCUAUAUGUAUUUUCCAGAGGCGACGCAUACUAGAUACGAACAUUGUAUCGGGACGUAUUUUUUGGCAGAAAAAAUGUUAAGCUAUUUAUCAAAAAACGUAUGGAUUCCAGAAUUUUACAGGACCUGUGUUUGUAUUGCUGGUCUUUUACACGAUAUUGGACAUGGACCAUUUUCGCACUUUUGGGAAGAAGUUUGUAAAAAAUUAAAGAAGCAAUACAAACAUGAAGAAAAUAGUUUAAUGGCUGUAGACUAUAUAUUCCGCGAUAUCCGGUUGUCUAAAAAGACAAAUGAACAUGAUUUUGGUGUAGAAUUAAUUAAGGCUUUUAUAAGAGGUGAUAAAAAUAUGUUAAACAACCAAAUAGAUCCUAAGUAUGGUUUUCUUUUCGAGAUAAUUUGUAACGAAAAAUGUGGCAUCGAUGUGGAUAAAUGGGACUAUUUGCUAAGAGAUUACUAUCACGGAAAGAGAUAUUUAUCAGGACUCAAUUUGAAUAUGGAAUUUGGAAAACUUUUUGAGAAUGCUCGUGCUGCCCAAGAUGGUUCCCACAUCGAAUUUCAUCGCCAAAAUUAUAACGAUAUUUAUUAUUUGUUUGAUGCUAGGUCAAAGCUUCACAUUAACUUAUAUCAAGAGCCAAAUGUUAAAAUAAGAGAACAUAUAUUAUUCAAUGCAAUUAAAGAAUUUUGUAAAGGAGGCUGGGAAUUUAAAGGGGCACAACUUUUACAAAUAAGCUGUCAAACUGUUGAAAAAUUUUUGCAUAUGACAGAUGAUGAAAUAUUGACGGCUCUGCAAGAGACGGGCGACCAAAAUAUUAAGAAUUGGUUGUUGUUUCUGGGAAAUAUUUUCAUCAAAGAAGCAAAGGGUACAUCUGGAACUCCGAUAGACAUUAAAAUUGAACUUGGUGGAGAGAAAAUGGCUGAAGAAUCAAUACCAUUUUAUGGAAGCCCCUUAAUGGCAGAUAAUGUAAAGCCUAUGAAAGGGUUUUAUGAAAAUAGACAUUAUUUCAAACUAAGUGAAUUUCAAUAACUAUAAAAAAGGAGUAUUGUACUUACUAAUGUUUUAAAUCUUUUAAUUUUCUUGUUUUCUGAACCAGAGUUUUAAUUUAUUAGUUUCAUUUAUAUGUUUUUUGAUGUUACAUAUUUGUAUGUGUGUAUGUACAUUCCAUUUAUAAUAUAUACGUUAUAUACAUACAUACAUGACUACAUACUUUACUACAUUUAUGUUGAUUAUUUGAGUUGCAUUAUUUUAAUAUGUUUUUAAUUUUAAUUACACAAUUUAAAAAUUUAAAUAUUUACAUACAUAUGUAUAUAUUUUUAUAGAAACAGUUAUAAAAAAUGUUAUAUAUAUAAAUCUAAUGUUUUUAUAUUGAAUUUUGAAAAUAAAAAAUUGUACCUGUUUCGUAUAUAA